UUCUUGUCUAUACAUACAUACAUACACACACACAUAUAUAUAUAUAUAAAUAUAUAAAAGGAUAGAAUAUACUAGAUGAACUCCAAUUAUAACGAGUUCAGUAGAGAACAGCUCAUUGAACGCAUACAUGAGUUGGAAGCACAACUUGCCAAAAAUAAUGUCAAUUUAGACAAAACAAAUCAAUCAAGUAACAAUGUACCUGAAUCAGAUGGCACUCGAUUACCCAAAAAGAAGAACCAACUAUACAACACGCAAAGUAGCUUUUCGUAUCGCUUAUUUAGGAUGGAAUUAUUCAGGCUAUGCAAGUCAGGGACAGCCUGAAGCCAUUCCAACUGUGGAAGAUCAGCUCUUUAAGGCUUUAAAGACGUGCCGAUUGAUAGAGAAUAUGGAAGAAAGUGACUAUAGUCGUUGUGGACGAACAGAUAAAGGUGUAAGUGGUUUAGGACAAGUGAUUGCUUUAAAGGUACGAUCGAAGAAGCUCCAACAAUCAGAUAACCCUGAAGAACCUUUGACACCUGAUCAAGAGCUACCUUAUAUUGAUACCCUGAAUCGAAUGUUACCUUCAGAUAUUCGUGUCCUCGCUUGGGCACCCGUGAAAGACGAUUUUAAUGCUCGCUUUGAUUGUGUUGGUCGCACCUAUCGCUAUUUUUUUGCACGUGGUAAGAUGGAGAUUGAGCGCAUGAGAACAGCCUGUCGUUACUUUGAGGGUCAGCACGAUUUUCGUAAUUUUUGCAAAAUGGAUCCUUCAAAGAAUAUAACCAGUUAUGAACGCACAAUCAUGUCCAUGAGAAUUGACCCCGUUGAGCAUACUCAGACAGACCGUAUUGGUGAAGGGACUGAUUUUUAUCAAGUUGAGUUAAAGGGGACUGCAUUUUUAUGGCAUCAAGUACGAUUCAUGAUGUCCAUACUUUUCUUGGUAGGACAGGGUUUAGAGGAGCCAGAGGUAGUACGUGAUUUGCUGGAUAUUGAGAAGGUACCUUCGAAGCCUGAUUUCCCUAUGGCUAGUGAUUUACCUUUAGUAUUAUACGAUUGCCAUUUUAAAGAACUAAAUUGGAUCUAUUCUUCAAAGACUUUAUCUUAUGAAUCUUUGCCCUCACCUUAUCGAACAUAUCAACAUUAUACCGAAGAAUGGACAGUGCAGAUGAUACGCAGUCUCACAUGUCAAUAUUAUCUAACAAAAGUAGGAAAGCUUCCAGUAAGAAUGAUUGAUAACUCAAUUAAUACAGUUGAAGAAUUUGUCAAAAAUCGCAGUCGUCAUGACCAUAAUCAAGCAGGGACGACGACAAUAGUCUUGGGAGGUGGUAAAGAAACAAGAUUGGCAAAAUAUAAAAAGGUUCUGGAAAGACCUCGUUGUGAUCCUGACGAAUUAAAAAAAGAAAAAUUUGAAAUUCGUAAAAAACGAAAAUUAGACAAACAAGAAGAAAAUGAACAAAAAGAACGGGAAUACAAAUCAUCAUGUAUAGACAGUAAUUAAAUUUGAUUUCACAAGUAAAUUGUAAAACACAUUAUACCAAAACCAAUAAUAAUAAUAAUAAUAAUAAUAAAGAAUCCUAUCAUUUCUUUUUAUUCUA